AUGCAACAUAUAUCCCCCAAAAGCCAUGUUUGGUGAUCACUAGAUGAAGUUCUUCUGCAUGGCUGUUUUAACCCACAGUCACCGUACGGGAGCUGAGCCUUAAUAAAUAAUGAGAGUGCACGCGGAGGAGCUGCAGCUGAUUUGCUGAUGUCAGGCAGUCAGUGCAGCAUUUCAUGGUGCAGGGUGUAAACGCUCUUCGCGCUCUCAGAAAACCCCCACACAUGCAACCCCGGCAAGAAAGAUGUUGCCAACUCUCAAGAUCUGGACAUUAUUUUCUGUUUGGCUCUGCUUCCUAUCGCAGCCGGCUCAUUUAAAGAAGGCUUUCCGAUGUCCUUCAACAUGCAGCUGCUCCAGGGAGUCCAUAAUCUGCGUCGGGUCCUCCAAUGUCCCCAGGAUUAGCCCCAACGACGUAAAUUCCCUGAGCCUCGUCAAUGGGACUUUCUCUGAGGUCAAAGAGGCGAUGUUUGCUCACAUGCCAUCCCUCCAGCUACUGCUUUUGAAUUCCAAUUCUCUCACAACUGUACGGGACGAUGCGUUCUCCGGCCUCUCACAUCUGGAGUAUCUGUUCAUUGAGAGUAAUAAGAUGGAGACUGCAUCCAAAUAUUCCUUCAGAGGACUCAGGGACUUGACACACUUGUCUUUGGCAAACAACAACAUUAAAGCAUUACCUCGGGACGUUUUCAACGACUUGGACUCACUGAUAGAGCUGGACCUGCGAGGCAAUGCUUUUGAGUGUGACUGCCGUGCCAAGUGGCUGAUGACGUGGCUUAAGAACACCAACGCCACGGUUUCGGAUGUCGUGUGUGCUGGACCAGAGGACAUGAAGGACAAGCGCCUCAAUGAUAUGACCAGCCUGCACAACGAGUGCGUCUCAACGGAUUUCGUCCUCCAUCAGUCCCUGGCAUCUGAGUCUCUGUCUGUGGACACAUUCAGCUAUAAGAACGACGUCUAUGUGACGAUAGCUGCUCCCAGCGCAGAGAGCUGUAUGGUUUUCCAGUGGGACCACAUAGAAAUGAACUUCAGGACUUAUGAUAACAUCACAGGUCAGUCCAUUGUGGGUUGCAAGUCAGUGGUCAUCCAGGACCAGGUGUUUGUCAUCGUGGCUCAGCUGUUUGGUGGCUCCCACAUCUACAAGUUUGAUGAGGACCAAAGCAGCUUCAGCAGGUUUCAGGACAUAGAGGUGUCCAAGAUCUCCAAGCCCAAUGACAUUGAGGCGUUCCAGGUGGGCUCUGACUGGUUCUUUGUGAUUGCUGACAGUUCAAAAGCAGGCCUGUCCACCCUCUACAAGUGGAACGAUAAGGGCUUUUAUUCCUACCAGUCGCUGCAUGAGUGGUACCGCGACACAGACGCAGAGUUCCUGGACUUGGAUGGGAAGGCGCACCUUAUCUUGGCGAGCCGCUCGCAGGUGCCUGUGAUAUACCAGUGGAGCCGGAGCAACCAGAAGUUUGUCCUGCAGGGAGGAGAUCCCUCACAUGGAGGACGAUUGACGGAAGCACUUCCGAUCAGGGAGGAACUCUACCUGGCAUGACGCGCUAGUGGUGACUCCAAAAUCUGUUGGGGUACCAAACAGUUUACAGAGAUCCAGGCCUGCCUCCGAGGCUCCAAUCUCCAGCCUUUUUUUUCAAAAGAGCGUUCACAUGCUCUGGGAGGAGAAUUACCCUUCUCGCAGAUCUACAUGUGGGAGAUAGAAAAACUCUUUGACCGCUUCAGGAAGUACAUCCAGUCCCCGCGCUCCUUCCUGUGGUUUCACACCGACCGCAGGGACUUCAUCUUCACCUCAGCUCAAGGGAAACCGAGACUUUGAUCACAUCAAAUGACUUGAGCUGCUGAAGGGCCCUGUCAUGGCCCCGAAAGAUUGGUGGCGGGGGAAAAAAGGACUAAAACACACUUUUUCAAUUUAAUCCCUUCAUUCGUUCCUUUUCAACGUAAAACUGGGUAAGAGAUUGUGUCGAAUCUAUAGUUCUCAAGCUGAACUGGCUUGCCAAUAUU